AUGCCCAAAAUCACUCGUAGGGAGUCGAAAGACGGUUCUCCAAUUUCUGUGGAUGAGUUGGAAGACCGACCGUCGAAACGACAGCGGAAUUCAUUAGCCAAAGUGAAAUGUUCGGGCGGCAAUCCAUGUCGCAGCUGCGCUCGAAAACCCGAAGGCACCGAGUGUGUUUACCCUUACAGAGACCGGAAGGUCCAGGUCCAGGAGAGUUAUUUGAACUGGUUAAAGCGAGAGGUCGCACUUCUCAAAGGCAAAGACGUCUCAGAAGAAGAUAUAGUCGGACAAUCAUCACAAACACAACACACUCCCGAAGAUCGUGAGGAAGACGACGACUCCCCAGAAAGAUUCGGCAAUGUCGACGUGGACCUCAAAAAUCCCCUGAUCGAAGACAAGGCCUGGUUCGUGACAGACAGCGCGUCGUGGCAACCGAUUUAUAUCGGUGAAGCAGCCUGUACAGCCUUCGGUACACGAUUACGCCAAUUCCUGAAUGGCAAUGAACCCGUCGCGCCAUUAUCACGAUCCAAGUACUCCAAACACAAGGCAUUUCUGCGCAUGGCAGCCCCGGCUCCCAGAUUUGAGUGGCCCAAUCGUGCUUAUGCACAUUUAUUGCUUAAAGUGGCAUUGCGGUUUCUGGGUAAUGAUUAUCAUUUAAUGCUGCGAAAGUCGACUAUAGAGAGAAUGCAAGAAAUCUAUGAUACGCAAAAACUAGAUGAUCCAGUCUUUGUGUGCAAAUUGUUUGCUCUAUUCUCAAUGGGUGAGAUGUAUUCCAACCGACGAUUAGGAUCGACUAAGGGUCCCGAUGUGCCCGGUACUGGGUACUUUGUGCAGGCGAUGAGUCUGACCCAGGAUAUGCAUGAGGAGGCUUCAGUUGUGUACGUAGAAGCACUGCUGAUUAUCUCUUUGUAUUCCCUGGCACUCAACCGCACCAAGUCUGCAUAUACCUACGCCGGAAUGGCCCUCCGUCUCUGUCUUACUCUAGGCCUACAUCACAAUGUUCCAGAAGGCUACACAAUUUCUGCCGUUGAGAGAGAACAUCGCAUACGGGUCUGGUGGAGUGUAUACAUCAUCGAUCGCAUGACUAGCUCAAAAUUGGGUCAUCCAGUCACUGUCCAAGACAGUGACAUUGACGUCGACUUGCCAUCAAUGGACAAACUCACACCCAGUGAACAAGAAGAGUUCUCUGAUCCUUCUCAUCUUAUCGCACACGUCAAGCUGGCGAGAAUUUCGGGUGAUAUUAUCUCGGAUAUUUAUGGUCGGUCCAGUCAAACCAAGGCAUUCGUGCAGAGUGUGCAGAAGAUCCUUCGUAGCCUCAGAACGUGGGCAGAAACAUUGCCAGCAAGUGUGCAGAUAUCUCAAACCAAGCCCUUGAGAUACUCGUCAAGAAAUGUUGCUUCUUUACAUUUGUGUUUCAAUCAGUGCGUGAUACUCACCACCCGCCCGAUUCUAUUUCACGUUUUCAAAUCCUGCUUCCAAGGCCAAGGCGCCGCAGCCCCAUCACCAACGACUAUGGCCCUAGCAGACGCUUGCAUUCACGCCGCACGGAGCUCCAACGGUCUCCUGACCCAACUCUGGAUCGACGCUGGAAUGGCAAUCUACGGCUACUUCGACGCCCACUACUUGUUCUCUUCCACCAUCAUCCUAAUGAUGUCUAGCAUCCUCGGCACAAGCAACAGCGACGCAGACCGCGAAGCUGUCGACACUGCAUCCGAUAUCAUGGAGUCGAUUGUAAAAGAUGGCAACCUACCCGCAGCCGGGUUCUACGAGCAUUUCCUUGAGAUCCGAAAAGUGAUGUUGGAGUUCGCAGAUCGAAGUACUAAUGGCAAUGGCAAUGGUCCAGCGCAGCCAAUGGAUCAUAUAGCAGAGUUACUAGUCAUGCCCGGAAGUGCCGCAGACCUUGGGCUUGAUGACAGUGAUGGACAGCAGAAUCCUUUGGUGGACAAUAACAAUAACAGCGCAUUCUUGACUCAGAGUCGUUUGAAUAAUCCUUCUAUCGAAGACUUCCUGACUCAGGUGGACAUCCAUCAUGGGGUUCCGGUGGGGAUGGAGAUGGCCGGUAAUAAUACCAUAUCAACGCCGGGGCCGUGGUCCAACGGGUUGAUUUCCACGGGCUGGUUAUUUGAAUAA